GGCACCCAGCAGUUGGCGUGAGGGGCUGCAGGAGUUUGGGGGCUGGUGGCAGGAGCAAGACUUUCCCGACCCCAUGGAGUUAUACGAGACGUCGCCCUACUUCUACCAGGAGCCCCACUUCUAUGACGGGGAGAACUACCUGCCCGUCCACCUCCAGGGCUUCGAGACCCCAGGAUACGAGCGGCCUGAGCUCAGCCUGAGCCCCGAGGCCCGAGGGCCCCUGGAAGACAAGGGGCUGGGGACCCCGGAGCACUGCCCGGGCCAGUGCCUGCCGUGGGCCUGCAAGGUGUGCAAGCGCAAGUCUGUGUCGGUGGACCGGCGGCGCGCGGCCACGCUGCGGGAGAAGCGCCGCCUCAAGAAGGUGAACGAGGCCUUCGAGGCCCUGAAGCGCAGCACCCUGCUCAACCCCAACCAGCGGCUGCCCAAGGUGGAGAUCCUGCGCAGCGCCAUCCAGUACAUCGAGCGCCUGCAGGCCCUGCUCAGUUCGCUCAACCAGGAGGAGCGCGACCUCCGCUACCGGGGCGGUGGCGGGCCCCAGCCGGGGGUGCUUCUGCCCAUUGGGACUGGACAGAGAGACAACGCGGAGGAUGGCCGGGCCCUGACCUUGGGCCUUGGCGGUGUUUUGCAGGUGCCCAGUGACUGCAGUUCCCACAGCGCCUCCUGCAGUCCAGAGUGGGGCAACGCACUGGAGUUUGCCCCCAACCCAGGGGACCAUCUGCUCACAGCGGACCCCACUGAUGCCCACAACCUGCACUCGCUCACCUCCAUUGUGGACAGCAUCACCGUAGAGGACGUUUCCGUGGCCUUCCCAGAUGAAACCAUGCCCAACUGAGCUGGUCUGCCAGGCCAGACAUCUGCGAGAGUAACUCCCCUGCUCCCCCAAGCUGGCCACAGCUGCCUGCACUUCUGCAGCAGGGGCCUCCUACAUCAGGUGGCCCCAAUGCCAGGGAGCCCACAUGGGGCUGCCAAAUGCCAGACUACCCCCAUUCCUCCUCCAUAAAAGGCUAACCCACCACCCAGAGGGGGAAUGGACACUCUCACACAUCUGACUCCUUAGAGCAGGGGACCUACUGUUUCCAAGGAGAUGAAUGGGGGACCAGAGCACCCCCUUGUGUAUGCCCCCAGCUCAGGGGCCAAACUCAGGAGCUUCCUUUCAUCAUAAGGCAGCCUUCAGUCCCACCUCCUCCAAGGAGGUGGACUAAGAGGCCAGACAGUGUCCCAGCUCUCAUGAGCUGUGCCCACCUCCGGUUCUUGCCUCUCCCUGAUGCCAGUGGCUGGGCUGGGCCUGCC